AAGAGGUUAAGGCAAGUUACCCUCAAGAAUUCCAGGAUAAAGUAUUUGUCAAUAAAAUGAGAGGGCUUUAAAGUUAUACCACUGUCUUCUGCAAAUAAUGAAUUCUGUGGGGUGUGACCUGUCGUCGUUCCAGAGGCAUCUAGAAGAAUGUUUUGAAGGCUGAAAGAAGUGGACUACGUUUUCAAAAUUCUUAUUUCCUAAAUAACGUAAAGCAACUUGACUCUGGUCUCUCAAAUAGCAGCUUGUCCUUGGCACCUGAAGAGAGGAGUCAUGGCUUGUGCUGCUCAACACUGACUCCUCUGACUGUUUAAGGAGUAACACUGAUAGUUUCAAAUGCAAUUCUAUCUAGUCUUCCGUAGGAGGUGGAGUAUAAACUGCAGUGCAGCACCUCGAUGGAGGAGAAUGUGAAGUGGAGAAAAGGAAGAGAUUACUCUGAGUGGGAAUGCAGGAGACCCCACAGAAUCAAAUUGGAAGAUGAGGAAGAGUCUGAGGGCUCUUUUUCUUCACCUCCUGAUAGUGUCUCAAUAGCAUCUGACCGAUACGAUAAAGACGAUGAAGGACACUCUGAUGGGAAUCUGUUUCCUCCUAUUGCAUGUCAAGAUCUUCAGUUUGUUCUGAAGGCUGGAUAUUUGGAAAAACGCAGAAAAGACCACAGUUUUCUUGGCUUUGAAUGGCAGAAGCGGUGGUGUGUCAUCAGUAAGACGGUCUUCUACUAUUAUGGAAGUGACAAAGACAAACAACAGAAAGGUGAAUUUGCCUUAGAGGGCUACACCAUCAGAAUGAAUAAUAACCUUCGGAAGGAUGCAAAGAAAGAUUGCUGUUUUGAAAUCUCUGCUCCUGAUAAGCGCAUUUAUCAGUUUGCAGCUGCCACUCCCAAAGAAGCAGAGGAAUGGGUACAGCAAGUGAAAUUUGUAAUACAAGAUAUGGAAUCUAAUACUAUUCCGGAGGAGGAAGAGGAAUAUGAUGAUGUUGGACAAGCGAGCAGUGAACCAAUAGAUGAUAGCAUUUAUGAAGAACUUCCAGAAGAAAGUGCUCCUCCAAAGGCUGAAGUGCCAAGAAAAUGGAGCCAGGAGAAAGUUACCACUGUUUCAGAUGGCAAAAAUACCGAUUAUGCCAAUUUCUACCAAGGUUUGUGGGACUGCACCGGAGAUGUACCUGACGAGUUGUCAUUUAAACGUGGUGAUGUUAUCUACAUUCUCAGCAAGGAGUACAAUAGAUUUGGCUGGUGGGUAGGAGAAAUGAAGGGAACCAUUGGCUUGGUGCCUAAAGCCUACAUAAUGGAGAUGUAUGAUAUUUGAGAGGCCUGGGAGAAAUCUGCACUUGAAAUCAAGAGUGGUGUGCAGCUGCAGUUUACAGACCCGACCUCUGGAAGAAGAUUCUGCCGUACACAUUUUGUGGUUUCAGUGAACGUAGUCAGAUCAUUGCCUUGUAUAUAUUAAACAUUAAAAACUGUGAUUGAUCAUAAUUCCACAGAAAUGUUCUUCUUAGUCACUUUUUAUAGAAUUGUAACGCUAGGAAAUUAAAUAGAUGGUAAUUAACAUAUGGGGCACAAGCAGUCAAACAGUGCCUGUUGCUCUUUUCUUAAGCAUAUUAGCAGCACUCUGUAUUGCUAUACGUUUGUGUUCUUUCAGGGAAUUUGGCUGUGUUUACCUGUUACUCAGAUUUAAAAAAAUUAAGCUGGACUUCAAAAGUAGAAAAUUAUUGCACAGUUAAUACAUGCAUUAAUUGUUUAAUGCAGUAGUUCACUGUACAUUUUUCUGCAGUUUUUAUGAAAAUCAAAGGAAAUUUGUGUGCUAUUUUAAGUCUUCAAAGUAUUCCGCUUCCAAAUGUGUUUUUUGUUUGGUUGUUUUUUGGUUUUGUUUUCUUUUUAGUUUCAGUCAAUGAUUUAUUUUUCUUCUAUAUUUAGCUUUGUUAAUGUUAAUGACUGUUACGGUACUACGAAAUGAAGGCUUGGCUCUUUUGCUGAUGUAAAUCUGUCUACGUGGGGUAAUACUGUGCUGAUAGCAUUGUGACUUGGAGGUAUGAAUUAUGUGAAAAUUUGGCAAAGAUAAUAUAUUAAAGACAACAGUUUUUGGUAAGCCAA